AUGAGCGUGUCCAAUAGAUCCUCACGGCCAGCAGAUGCACGAAUAACGCGUAGUUCAAGAAGCGCUGAGUCACAGGACUCUGGAUCAGGCCGCUAUGGAAAACCGCGCAAAAAGCAGGCUGACUCGACCCUGGCUCAGGACCUCAGUCUGAUGAAUGUCAAUGGGCAAGGAGGCCUAAAUGCGAGUGUAGGAAAGCAGUUAGGUCAACGUCCUAGUGGUCCUUCUGCAAACAAAUCUGGUGGAGGUCUCGCAUCAGUCGCCCGCCUGAUGAAGAUGGGUCGCUGUAAGAAUGUGGUUGUGGUAGCCGGAGCCGGAAUCAGUACCGCCAGCGGAAUUCCCGAUUUCAGAACUCCAGGGACGGGCCUUUACGCAAACUUGGAGGCGUACAACAUCCCCUACCCGGAGGCCAUUUUUAACGUGGACUACUUCUCCAACGACCCACAGCCUUUCUUCUCUCUGGCCAAGGUGCUAUAUCCCGGCAGUCAUCAGCCUAACUACAUCCACUACUUUAUCCGCAUGCUACACCACAAAGGCCUGCUUCUCCGAAUGUACACGCAGAACAUCGAUGGCCUGGAGAAAUUGUGCGGUAUUCCAGAUGACAAACUAGUAGAAGCUCAUGGUAGUUUCACCACCGCUUCCUGUCACCUGUGCUACACGCCGUACCCCGCAGAAGAUGCUAAGCGCUUAAUCAUGAAUGGCAAUGUCCCCACGUGCACGUUCUGCACCGCCACGGUCAAACCUGAUGUGGUUUUCUUUGGCGAGGACCUUCCACAGAAGUACUUCCUUCACACUCAAGACUUCCCCAAAGCUGACCUACUUCUCGUCAUGGGGACUUCACUACAGAUAGAACCGUUUGCCAGCUUGGUGAACACUGUGCGUGCCACGGUGCCGCGUCUUCUCCUCAACCGGCAUGCUGUAGGCCCAUUUCAGAGGAUCCCGCUGCGUAGGGGUGAUCAUGUGGAACUGGGAGACCUGGAAGACACAGUGCGGCGGUUCGCCGAAAUGCUCGGUUGGAACAACGACAUAGUGGAGUUGAUGAAGAGUCAAGAACAAGAGCAGUGCAUCCCGACAUUGGUCAGUGGCAGAAGUGGAAAGCACCAAACCGGCAGCGACGAGUCAGACGUUGAGACUUGCAGCAAAUGCUCGGCCUCGUCCUGCCUAAGCUGA